CUUGCGAAAGGGAGUUGCAUGAGAAUUGAUCAUCCUAUAAGUAUAGGUUUCGUGCGGGAAUCAGAAUGAAACCCUAAUAAGUUUCCUUUAUAUUAAAUGGAAGGUUAAUUUUUGCUUUUGAAGCAUCCAAUAAUUGUCUAUCUGAUAUCGACCUUUUUGGGUAGUUCUUUUCAUAACUUUCAAUUGGAUCAAUCAAUCAAUUCUCUUUGAAAACCCUAAUUCCCUCAUCUAAUUAUCUCCUUUCGUGUUGGGUAUGUCUCAAAGUUUCAAUCUUUGCUUGUCUUCUUGAGUUUGUUGUUUCUUUCGAGAACUGCAAUCGAAGGUCGGCUAUAGCCAUGGCUAAAAGUUCCUUCAAGCUUGAACAUCCACGAGAGAGGAGGCAAGCAGAAGCUGCUCGCAUCAGGGAGAAGUAUCCAGACAGAAUACCUGUUAUUGUGGAAAAGGCUGAAAGGAGUGAUGUUCCUGAUAUUGAUAAGAAGAAGUAUCUUGUGCCAGCUGAUUUGACAGUGGGGCAGUUUGUCUACGUUGUCCGUAAAAGGAUUAAGCUCAGUGCUGAAAAGGCUAUAUUUGUGUUUGUGAAGGACACUUUACCUUCAACUGCUGCAUUAAUGUCUGCAAUCUAUGAGGAAAACAAGGAUGAAGAUGGUUUUCUUUACAUGACUUACAGUGGGGAGAAUACCUUUGGAUUCCAUCAAGAGCAACAGAAUUCGUGCAUGUAAAUGAAAAUUAGGUGUAAAGUAUCGGCUGCUGUCUGUUAAGAUUAAUGCUCUAACCAGCUUAUUUAUUCUGCUUAUCUUGUUUUGGAUUUACGCAAAUGCUAUUUUCUGGGACUUGGAACUGAAUGGAUUCAUUUAAAUUCCAGUGAUCUGAUUUUCAAUCCUCA